AUGGCGUUGAUAUUCAGCGCCGGUCACGAUCUCGCAAAGUUCACAAGACUGCGCUCUGCCAUUCAAGCAGCGAUCGAUUGUGAUGGGCACCCUCGGACUAUCCCGACCUUCACUGUCCUCUACGAAGACCUCGCCAGCAUGAAGCUCAACCCCUCACGGAUAACCUACAGCUUCGAGAUCUGCUCACAACCGGCUACAUUACCACUGGUUUCGAGUUCACAGGGCUUGAGCUCGCUAUCAGCUGGAUCUUUGGCGGGAAGUCUGAAGGAUCUCGGAGAUCGCGCAUGCGAAACAUUACUCACGAGAGUAAUCCCACUCAGCUUGAUAGAGCGCCUGAGCAGUCCCGAGACAGUCGACCCAGGUCGAUCAAUUUAA